AUGGCAUCGUCCAAGAGAAAUCACAAAGAGAAGAUAAUUCGUCGAAAACCAUCUAAGGAAGAUCAACCAGUGUCAUUUCGCACUGCAACUGCAAAGUCAGUGUAUCAAUGGAUCGUCAAGCCCCAAACUGUUAUGAAGACAAAUGAAAUGUUCCUUCCUGGGCGGAUGGCUUUCAUCUUUAACAUGGGCCUGGAUUAUGCUUUGCUUCACAAAGUGAGAAGUGAAAUAGACAAGAAGCCAGAUGUUGGAGAAGAUGCUGAUGGAAAACCAUCUAAGGAAGAUCAACCAGUGUCAUUUCGCACUGCAACUGCAAAGUCAGUGUAUCAAUGGAUCGUCAAGCCCCAAACUGUUAUGAAGACAAAUGAAAUGUUCCUUCCUGGGCGGAUGGCUUUCAUCUUUAACAUGGAGGGUGGGUUUUCCCACGACAUCCCUACCACUCUGCACCGAAGUAAAGCUGACUGCCCAGUUCCUGAGGAAAUGGUCACUGUCAGUGUUGAUGGUUCUGUUCUAGAUCGAAUUGCCAAAAUUAUGUCAUAUCUUCGCCUUGGAUCAUCUGGGAAGGGCCUGGAUUAUGCUUUGCUUCACAAAGUGAGAAGUGAAAUAGACAAGAAGCCAGAUGUUGGAGAAGAUGUUGAUGGAAAGUCUAGACCAUCUAAGGAAGAUCAACCAGUGUCAUUUCGCACUGCAACUGCAAAGUCAGUGUAUCAAUGGAUCGUCAAGCCCCAAACUGUUAUGAAGACAAAUGAAAUGUUCCUUCCUGGGCGGAUGGCUUUCAUCUUUAACAUGGAGGGUGGGUUUUCCCACGACAUCCCUACCACUCUGCACCGAAGUAAAGCUGACUGCCCAGUUCCUGAGGAAAUGGUCACUGUCAGUGUUGAUGGUUCUGUUCUAGAUCGAAUUGCCAAAAUUAUGUCAUAUCUUCGCCUUGGAUCAUCUGGGAAGGUUCUCAAAAAAAAGAAGAAAGAAAAAGAUGGGAGAGGAAAGUUAACUGAUGUUCCCAAUGUAUAUGAUGAAGAUGAGAAGGUGUCAAAACCUGAUGUGUUGAAGAACCAAACUGAUAGAGAAACACUCCCACCGCCUCCACCACCACUCAAGAAAAAUCAUCCUAAUUCAAGAGAGAAACGGGCCCCUGUUCUUGCUAGAGUUGAAGAGGAUGAUAUCUUUGUGGGGGAUGGCGUUGACUACGCUAUUCCCAGUGCAGAUAUGAACCAAAGUCCUAUUUCGGAAGACAUGGAAGAAUCUCCUCGAAAUAAGGAAAGGACCUCCUACUUUAAUGAACCUGCUUAUGGUCCGGUCCCACCAUCUGAGCCUUCUCAUGAUUGGCAACAAAUGAAUGGAUAUGAUGCUCUGCAUAUACAAUCACUGGCUGGUGGGUAUCAGGGAGAGUGGCAGGACUAUCAAUAUGCUGACCAACUAGCUUAUCCUGAGCAAUACCUCCAGCAAAACCUUCAGACUUACGAGGUACAAGCAGAUUUGAACAUUCCACAGGACGCACGUUUCAUGACUCAAGAAGAGAAGGAUCGGGGUUUGGGGUCAGUGUUCAAGCGGGAUGAUCAGAGGCUUCAGCAACUAAGGGAGAAAGAUUCUCGGGAAAAGGAUCCCAAUUUUAUAUCUGAGAGUUAUUCUGAAUGCUAUCCUGGUUACCAAGAGUAUAACCGUGAGAUUGUGGACAGUGACGACGAAAAUGAUUUGUCAAAAAUGGAUAUGGGUGGACGGGCAAAGGGUCGCCUUCAUCGGUGGGACUUCGAAACAGAAGAGGAAUGGGCAACAUACAAUGAGCAGAAGGAAGCAAUGCCAAAAGCUGCCUUCCAGUUUGGUGUGAAGAUGCAAGAUGGUCGGAAGACACGAAAGCAAAACAAAGACCAGAAGCUUACUAAUGAGCUGCACAAGAUUAACAAGAUACUUGCCAGGAAGAAGAUGGAGAAGGGGGACAUAGAUGAUGAUGGCGGUCAGUAUGAUGAUGAUUCACAUCCUGGAAAGAAACUUCGAAUAUGA